CACCGCAAGUCCUACCAUUUCCGCGACGAGAAUCGAGCGAGCGAGCACCGCAACGAUCCGAACCGCACUGCCGUCUCUCCCUCAGUGGCCGCCCUGUACAAGAACGUCCACCCGGAGUACCCGUCGUACCUGUACCUGGUGGCGCCCAUCUCCCUCGUCUUCCUCAACCCCAUCGGCAUCCUCUUCCUCGAGAUCCAGCGCCAGUGGAACGAGUCGAGCCAGGGGGACUGCAGGGCGUCCAAGGCGAGCAUCGUCUUGAAGAUCCUGAGCGGGGUGGCGCUCAAUCCCAUCGUCUUCAUGACGGUGCUCGGGAUCGCGGGGAACUUCAUCUUCAAGCACUGCCUCCCGCCCAUCCUGGAGGGGAUCCUCAAGGUCCUGGGUUCGGCAUUCUCGGCGACGGCCCUGUUCGUACUCGGUCUCCGCCUCGUGGGCAAGGUUCACAGUCUCCGAGGCCCUAGUCUCGUCGUUCCUGGCAUUCUCAUUUGCGUCAAAACGUUGAUUUCGCCGCUGCUGAAUCGGGAACUGAUGACGGAGUUGCACGCAGGCUCGAAUCCGAACGAGACGAUGGAUCUCAGCAACUACGGAUUUCUCUACGGGACGUUCCCGACGGCUCCCACCGUGUUCGUGUAUGCGGCUCAGUACAACCUGGAAGCCGACCUGAUCGCAAGCGCGAUGGUGAUGGGGACGUUCCUGUCGGCCCCGCUGAUGUUCGUGUCGGCGAAGAUGGUGACGCUGAAGGAGGUGCGGCCCGCGGACUACAUCCACGAGCUCAGCGCCUUCCUCUUCAACAUCAGCAUCAUCGGGCUCAUCUGCUGCAUCUGGGUCUUGGCGGUGUUCGUGUCCAGCCGCAAGUGGCGCAAGAUCCCGCACUUUCUCACGCUGUGUCUCAUCAUCUCUCAGAUGGUGGCUUGCAUCGGCGUGCUCCUGUGGUCGCUGGUGGACUGCAACAACGCGUGGAAGCUCUAUCUGCAGUUCUUCGUCUUCGCGAUGGGGGUGUUCAGCUCGCGAGUGUGGACGGCCCUCCUCGCGCUCUCGCUCCUCCUGCUGCGCUUCAAGCGGAUCGCGACGCUGCUCCGGAUGAGGCCCGUCUUUGCGAUCGUCGGCUGGGGGAUUCCCUUGGCAUUGGUGAGUGCCCUUCUCCUCGUCGUUUCGAGCGAAACCAAGACGACAGAGAAACAAGAUCCGAACUUCCAAUACGGCCGCACGCAGGCCAUCGUUGCCGCUCUAGUUCUUAGCGUCUCUUUACUCGUUACGGUCAUGUCGCUCAUCAUGCAACAACGGUUGAAGAGGCGCUACGACAAGUACGAGGCGCUCGGGAAUUCGUCGGGAGAAUCCACGACCAGUCUCCUGGCCGAGGUCACCGAUUCCGAGAACGACCACGCCUCCAUAUCGAAACACCGAGGACGCACCGAAAGCCUAAACGUGAGCGUGGGAGACGAAGCCGAGGAAGAAGAGCUGGAAGCACUGUUCAGCCCGGCCACGAGCCUGAGGGCGGGGGCGAACGGGACCCGAGGGGACCCGGGGAGCGGAGAUGGGAGCUCGGCGCUCGACCCCGAGGAGGUGGGGAUCGUCAGGGACCGAGACGACGAGUUCCAAGUCCUGAGGCAUGUCAUCCUCCUUCUCGUCCUCUCCUGCUCCAUGAUCGUGGUGAGU